UUUUUUUUUAUAAACUACCUUUGACAUUGUCUUUACCAUGGAACAACAAAUAGUUGAGCUGAUCGAUUUCUUGCACGAACCAAAAUUAGAGGUUCGAGCUAUUGCUUUGCACCAUCUUACUGGCUUCACGCACCAAAAUUCAGGAUACCAAGCGCUCAUUUUGAGCAAGCGCCAAACUGUCAUUCCUGACCUCAAGGCCCUUUGCAGAGAGGAUCCCAUCACUGCCCAUGACGCUUUGAAGUCCCUCAUUAAUUUGUCUGGCGACCCUCGAACUCUCCCCGACCUUGAUGAUGACAAAUUCAUCAAGCACAUUUGCCUUCUAAUCACCAUUCCAAAAUCUAUCUUGGCCGAUGUUGCUUGCAUGCUGUUGUCCAACAUGACCAAGUACGAGCCCAUCUGUGUCAAAUUAAUAGACGCAAAGGUCACGCCUUUGGAGGGCCUUUCCGAGUCAACACGUUUGAUGGAUCAGCUCGUUGAGGCAUUCCAUAAGGGAGUGGGUAAGAAUUACAACCCACAAGCUGAAUUCCAUUUCUUGGCUAGUGUCUUUGCCAACGCUUCUUCAAUCCGUCAUGGUCGAGUUUAUUUCGUUGAGAAGGCUAGUCACGAUAAUCUAGCUCCCGUCACCAAAGUUCAAAUCUUCAGCGAAGACAAGAGCGUUAUCCGAAGAGGAGGUGCUAUCUCUACCAUGAAGAACUGCUGCUUUGAAACUAGAAAGCAUGAUGAAAUAUUGGAUGUCGAAGGUACCAACAUGUUGCCUUUCAUCCUCUUGCCUUUGUGUGGCAACGAAGAGUAUGACAUGGAUGAAUUCGAGAAGUUUCCCGAGGAGAUCCAAUUGUUGGAUGAUGACAAGACUCGAGAAGCGGAUCCAUUGCUGCGAUUGAUGUUGUGCGAAUCAAUUCUUUUGCUUACCACUACCCGGAACGGCAGAGAUUAUUUGCGCGAAAAGCAGGUAUACCGUGUCAUUCAGCGUCUCCAUGCAUCGGAAAAUGACGACAAGGUCUCGGACAAGUGCCAGGAUAUUGUUGACAUGCUCAUGCGUGACGAAGGAGACGAGAAGAUCGUAGAGAUCAACGAGCAUCCAGACCAAGCUCCAGCUGUAGAAGAUGAAGACGAGGAUCUUGCCAUUGAAGAAAUUGCAUAAACGGAUGAAAAGUAUGGCCAAUUGGUCCCCCACGCUGUUAUAGACAAAUAAAAUUGAUUGUAUUUUUAUUCAAUA